GCCGCGCGAUGGGCGGGGAGUGGUCCGCGCUGCGAUGGCAGCUCUCGGCAGCGGCAGGACCGGCCGGCCUCUCAGCCCCGCUCGGAGCCCAGCCUCCUGACACCGCCCGGGGGCGAGGUCUCGCGGGCCUCCGCCGCUGUCAUGUAUCCGCCGCCGCCGGAGCCGCGUCGGGAUUUCAUCUCGGUGACGCUGAGCUUCGGCCGGAGCUACGACGACAGCAAGGGCCCGAGACGGCGCUCGUGCUGGCGGCAAUGGAAGCAGCUGUCGAGGUUACAGCGGAACGUGAUUCUCCUCCUGCUGGCGUUUCUCGCGCUCUGCGGCCUCCUGUCCUUCGUCAGCCUGGCUGAGGAGUGGAAAGCCCUGGAGGGCAGGUCGUCGGAAGGACUGAACGUGAGACCAGCAAACCCACCCAUCCUGCCAGCUCCUCGGAAAGCAGAGGCGAAGCCGGAAACCGUCCCGGGGGGCCCACCGCAGAGGCCACAGGGGCAUUUCCGCCGGGGACCCCCCAAGCUGCAGAUGAGAGCCCCCGAGAGCGACGCCAAGGACAGGAGGCAGGAUGCGGCGGCCCGGGGGGCGGGAGCGGGCGGCGCUGGCUGGGAAGGCGCCGCGCAGAGAACCAGCUGGAGAGGAGCCGCGACAGAGCCGGAGCAGGGCACCCAAGGCCCCUCGAGGAAGGCAGAGGGCGCCCCCAAGCCUUCCCCGCAGGCUGCGAGGAUCCCACAGGGUCCAGCCCAGCAGAACAAGCGCCAGCAGGCCGUGGUGGAGGCCUUCCGCCACGCGUGGGCCGGGUACCACAAGUUUGCCUGGGGCCACGACGAGCUGAAGCCCGUGUCGCGGUCCUUCGCCGAGUGGUUCGGCCUCGGCCUCACGCUGAUCGACUCCUUGGACACCAUGUGGAUUCUGGGCCUGAAGAAAGAAUUUGCAGAGGCCAGGGAGUGGGUGUCCGAGAAGCUGUGGUUUCAGAAAAACGUGGACGUCAAUCUGUUUGAGAGCACGAUCCGGAUCCUGGGGGGGCUCCUGAGCGCCUUCCACCUGUCGGGGGACGACCUCUUCCUGGAGAAGGCCGAGGACUUUGGAAAUCGCUUGAUGCCUGCGUUCCAAACACCCUCGAAGAUUCCGUACUCCGACGUCAACAUCGGCACUGGGGUUGCUCACCCGCCCCGAUGGACCUCCGACAGCACGGUGGCCGAGGUGACAAGCAUUCAGCUGGAGUUCCGAGAGCUGUCCCGUCUCACGGGCAACAAGAAGUUUCGGGAGGCGGUGGAGCAGGUGGCGAGGCACGUGCACUCCCUGUCUGGCAAGAAGGACGGGCUGGUGCCCAUGUUCAUCAACACCAACAGCGGGCUCUUCACCCACCUGGGCGUGUUCACCUUGGGCGCCAGGGCCGACAGCUACUACGAGUACCUGCUGAAGCAGUGGAUCCAGGGCGGGAAGACGGAGACGCAGCUGCGGGACGACUACCUGGAAGCCGUGGAGGGGAUCAGGAGGCACCUCCUGGGCAGGUCGGAGCCCCAGAAGCUCACCUUCGUGGGGGAGCUUGCCCACGGCCACUUCAGCGCCAAGAUGGACCACCUGGUGUGCUUCCUGCCGGGGACGCUGGCUCUGGGCGCCCACCACGGCCUGCCCGCCGACCACAUGGAGCUGGCCCGGGCGCUCAUGGACACCUGCUACCAGAUGAACCGUCAGAUGGAGACGGGGCUGAGCCCCGAAAUCGCGCACUUCAACCUGCAUUCCCAGAAGGCCGCGAAGGACGUGCAGGUCAAGCCGGCUGACAGGCACAACCUGCUGCGGCCCGAGACGGUCGAGAGCCUCUUCUACCUGCACCGCUUCACGGGCGAGCGCAAGUACCAGGACUGGGGCUGGGAGAUCCUGCAGAGCUUCAACGCGUACACCAGGGUCCCCACGGGCGGCUACUCGUCCAUCGGCAACGUCCAGGAUGCCCGCAACCCCCAGCCCAGGGACAAGAUGGAGAGCUUCUUCCUCGGGGAGACCCUCAAGUACCUGUACCUGCUCUUCUCCGACGACCCGGACCUGCUCAGCCUGGACGCCUACGUCUUCAACACCGAGGCGCACCCCCUGCCCAUCUGGGCCCCCGCCUAGGGCGGGCCCGCUGCCCGGUGGGUGCGGCUCGGGGCUCUGCCGCGCGUGGUCGCGGGGGGCGCCUGUCGGCAGGACCCUGGCCCUGCCCUCGGCUGUGCGGCGCCCACCCAGCUGGCGGGACGUGCUCCGGGCCGAUGGCAGAGGCCUCUGGCUCCGGGCACCUUGCCUGGUUGUCGUCGGGACGCAGGCCGUCAGGAGCCCAUCGGAACACGUCAGCGCUGUGAUGCGGGGAGGCCCUGCCCCCGGGAGGCUUCCGCCUCCUUCCUGAGAAGAUCAGAUUCUGACUCGAUUCCCGAGGCCCGGGCGCCUCCUGCUGCUGCGCCGCGCACGGGCUCCGUGGGGGUCCCGGGGCCUGCGGUCACCCUGGGCCCCUCGGGGUCCCCGGAGGCGCGAUGUGGUGGUCAGAGACGGGAGCCGAGGGGCCAGCCCGGGUGCGGCUCAGCCUCGAGGUCUCAGAGCCUGUGGACGUGCUCUGACCCCAGGGUCUCGGGGGGUGUCCGUGACCUUAUGGGCAGCAGCCGGGCUCCCGGCGGCUGUAGUGUUUACACGUUGGACUCAGGGAUCCUCCCCCUGCCCUGCAGGUGCGGGGCGGGGCGGGGCGGGGCUGGGCGGGAAGGUCACCUGCUCCCAGGCCAGCUCCGUGGAGGGACUUUUCAGUCAGGAUAAAUGUACGUUUGUUCUAA